GAAGGAAUGGGACAGCGUAGGGCACAAUGUGGUCCUUCUGCACCAGUUCCAGCGCGGGAAGUUCUGCCCCAACCUCGGGCCCUUUGCGCUGAAGGUGGAGACUUUUCUGAGGCUCGCCGGCAUUGAGUACAAGGUGGAUACGGAAUCGCCGUUCGGGCCGAAGGGCAAAUGCCCAUGGAUCACCCUCAACGGCGAGGACCUCGGCGACUCUGACUUCAUCCUCGAACGGCUCGCCAGUGAGUUCGACGUCGACCUCGACAGCCACCUCGACCCCCAGAAGGCGGCCGCGCUCGAGGCCGUGAGGGUCCUGGCUGACGAACACCUCUUCUGGUGUGUCAUCACGUGGCGUUAUUGGCUGGACGGCUGCAAGACCUUUCUCAAAUCCCAGUCCUUCGCCCCUUUUCUGAGACGCGCCUUCCCCCUCUUCAUGAAAAGGGGGAUGAAGGAGAGAGCGAGACACCAUGGCAUCGGCAAGCACAGUCCAGAGGAGAUCUUCCACAUGUGCAAGAAAGCGUGCAGGACUAUGUCUCUUGUGCUGGGCGAGGCGGCCUUCUUCGGCGGCGAGCGCCCCUCGACCGCCGACUGCGCCGUCUUCGGUCAGCUGGCGCAGCUCAAGUGGAAUGCCCCGGGAUCCUCGUAUGAAAGCAUAGUCACAGAAGCGUAUCCGAACCUCAGUGAAUAUUGCGACCGAAUGAGGGAUAGAAUCUACCCCGACUGGAACCAGCUCCUCAAACCCGAGUGAACCGCCACGUCCCCCCGACCCACCGGUUCCUCCACUAGACGAUAACAUAUAUAUAUAUAUAUUCUAUUUGUGAACGUAUAUUCCUUACAUAUGAUGCUAAAGAAUGUAACAACAUGAUAUAAAAUCGGCUAUA